ACUUCACUCCUGAUCUUAUUGACAAAACUUGAAACCUGCCCUGAUUGCAAAUGAUACUUGCUGACAGUUUUAAAAAUAUAUCAUUUAUUAUUUCAAGAAGGCUGCAACUAUCCCAUUUCUAGAGUUUUCAGUAGAAAUGGGCAUUGUAUUUUGUCAAAGGCUUUUUCUGCAUCUCUUGAGAUAAUCAUGUGAUUUCUGUUGGUUUGGUUAUUGAGAUGGUCAAUUUUGUGUAUGGUUUUCCUAAUAUUAAACUAUCCUUGUAUUCCUGGUUUAAAUCCACCUGGUCAUAGUGAAUAAUUCUUGUGAUCACUUAUUAUAGUCUCUUUGCUAAUAUUUUAAGAUUUUUGCAUCUAUGUUCAUAAAGGAAAUUGGUUUAUAGUGUUAUUUCUCUGUUUCUGGUGUGCCUUGCUUUCAAAUCAGUACCCUAUUUGUGUCAUAAAAAGAAUUUGGUGAGAUUCCUUUGCUUAUUUUGCCAAAUACUUUGUAGAGUAUUGGGGUUAGUUGUUCUUUAAAUGUUUGUUAGAAUUCCCUUGUGAAUCCAUCUGGCCCUGGGGAUUUUUUCUUAAGGAGUUACUUGAAGGCUUGUUCAAUUUCUUUUCCUGAGCUGGGAUUAUUGAAGUAUUCUAUUUCCCCUUUUGUUAAAUUAGGCAAUUUAUAUUUUUGUCAAUAUUCACCCAUUUCCCCUAGAUUAUCUUAUUGAUUGCCAUGUAGUUGGGCAAAGUAGCUCUUAAUCAUUACCUGAAAUGCUUCUUCAUCAGAGGUGAGAUCACCCUUGUGGGGAAAAUUCUGUUAGCAGAAACACUAAUAAGAGAAUCAGAAUCUGCAAGCCAAAAAGAAAUAGGUUUACUGGGAGAGGGCUGGUCUCACAGUAAAGGAGGGCUCUGGUGAAGACCAAGACCAAAGACCCUGAGCCUCAGGAGAUGGCCUUUUUAUGCCCAGAAAUCUGAUGACACAGUGUCAGAUGAAAGAGUUAAAAUUAAAAUAGAAUGAACAUAAAUCUUCCACAUGGCAGGUCUGAAUUGAUGACCAAGUGCUGAAUGAGCCGAGAAGUGCAGGAAUCCUCACGAUGGAGGGUAACCAAUAUCCAUUAUUAUGACUGACCUUUCCACAGCCUCUGUGAUAGGAGGUUCGGGUCUGAUUUUUUUGCUGACAAUUGCUAUCCAGGUCAGCAUCAGACGCCUCCUAGAGCUCAGGGUGGCAGUUCAGGAUGCCUGACCUAAGCCAGAGAUGGGCGUCCUGUACUCCUGGCUGACUGUCUUCUGUCCUACGUGCAGCCUGGGAUGGUGGGCUUGGUAGGAACUUUGGGUCACAAGCUUAAGGUCAAAGUGCCUGUCAGCCCGAUUUCAUACCAUUGGAGCUAUCCAGGGGUCCCUGGUCAGGAGCACCUGCAGUCACGAGGAACUGGAGGUAUGAGCAGGUGCGUAAAUAAACUAGAAUUCUGAUAGUUGUGAUGAGGAGGGAUUUCAGAUCACCUUCUCUCUUCUCCACAGAAUCUCCUGCCUCCCUCAGAGAGCACAUACCCUCUCCCCAAUUCCAUAGGGAAAAGCAUUUCAGCGUGACACACUUCUCCAGUCUUUACUCUCCCACCAUGAUUCUCACUUCAGACACAAAAUGCCUUUGUCAGUGUUCCAUUGGGCUCUAAAUGACUGGUCUCCAGAGCUGCUUCUGACACUCUUUGAAGUGAAGAGUUUGGGGGGUCAAUAACAUUCAAGGAUGUGGCUGUGGACUUCACCCAGGAGGAGUGGUGCCUGUUGGACCCUUCUCAGAAAGAGCUGUACAGGGAGGUGAUGCUGGAGAAUGUGCAGAAUCUACUCUUCGUGGAAGCAGAAACUAAUGUUGAAGUGAAGGAGAUGUCUGCAAAGCAGAGUCUUUUUGUGGAAGGAUCUGGCCCUCCAAGAGGCAAGAAUAAGUGUCCCUAUGACUUCAUUUUGAGAGAAAUCUGUGACUCUAAUAUCAAGGUAAAUAAAAAUCCAAGGAGUGACUAUGAAUUUAAUGAAGAUCCAGAGAAAUACAGCCAACAUUCAGUUUUAAAUCAGUAUAGGAAAUUGACCUCAAGAAAUGACUGUUGUCUGGAUAAUGAAUAUACCAAAUGCUUUCCUGAAAAAGUAGGAUUUAAUCAGUCUUAUAAGAAUCCUCCAGAAAUGCCCAUGUAUCAAGAUAAACUAGGGCAAAUUGUCUAUGGCUCAAGUUUAGAUCUCACAAAACAUCUAAAAAAUAAGCAUGUAGAGAUGCUUUCUAUGAGUAAUAAAGGUGGGAGACCUUUCAGUCAGAACUCUGAGUUUGGUUCAUAUGAAAUAAUCCACUCUGGAGAGAAAAAUUAUCAACAUAAAGAAUAUGGAAAAGGUUUCACACAGAGGGUUCAUCUUGUUAGACAUCAGAGAAUCCACACUGGAGAGAAACCUUAUGACUGUACACAGUGUGGAAAGGCUUUCACACAAAGAGGUAAUCUUGCUGCACAUCAGAGAAUUCACAGUGGAGAGAAACCUUAUGAAUGUACACAGUGUGGAAAGGCUUUCACAGAGAGGAGUCAUCUUGUUAAACAUCAGAGAAUCCACAGUGGAGAGAAACCUUAUGAAUGUACACACUGUGGAAAGGCUUUCACAGAGAGUAGUUCUCUUGCUAGGCAUCAGAGAAUCCACACUGGAGAGAAACCUUAUGAAUGUGCACAGUGUGGAAAGGCUUUCACAUGGAGGGACCAACUUGCUACACAUCAGGGAAUCCACUCUGGACAGAAACCUUAUGAAUGUACACAGUGUGGAAAGGCUUUCACAUGGAGGGACCAACUUACUGUACAUCAGAGAAUCCACACUGGUGAGAAACCUUAUGAAUGUACACAGUGUGGAAAGGCUUUCACACAGAGGCGUGAUCUUGCUGCACAUAAAAGAAUCCAUACUGGAGAGAAACCUUAUAAAUGUACACAGUGUGGAAAUGCUUUCAGAGAGAGGAGUCACCUUGCUGCACAUAAGAGAAUCCACACUGGUGAGAAACCUUAUGACUGUACACAGUGUGGAAAGGCUUUCACACAGAGGGGUAAUCUUGUUAGACAUCAGAGAAUCCACAGUGGAGAGAAACCUUAUGAAUGUACACAAUGUGGAAAGGCUUUCACAGAGAGGAGUCAUCUUGUUAAACAUCAGAGAAUCCACAGUGGAAAGAAACCUUAUGAAUGUACACAGUGUGGAAAGGCUUUCAAACAGAGGGGUAAUCUUGCUAAGCAUCAGAGAAUCCACACUGGAGAGAAACCUUAUGAAUGUACAAAGCAAGACUCCAACCCUUGAAGAUCUCAUAUCACAUACUCAAUAUUCUGUUGACCUUUUUUAGCUGCAAGAGAAAUUGUUUAAUUACUAUAUGGGACAUACAGCACUGUGUUCUGUACUCAAUUGCACUUAUUCUAUUUUACAAAGUAAUGUUAGAAUUUCUCAUUGUACAUACCUGAAAUUUUUCAAAAGGCAGCUUGCUUUUGUAUCUAUGCAUCUUUGAGAGUUCAAAGAAGAGAUUUUAUUCUUUUGAUGAUGGAAAGAGGAACUGUUUUUAGAAAUCUAAGUUGGAAACUCUGCAACUAUGUAUGAAACUUUUGGGGUUUCUUUUUGGUCUUUUAGCAAUAAAGCAGCAUGGUCUAAAAAUGCACUGAAAAAAAUGUACACAGUGUGGAAAGGCUUUCACAGAGAAGAGUCAUCUUGUUAAACAUCAGAGAAUCCACAGUGGAAAGAAACUUUAUGAAUGUACAUAGUGUGCAAAGGCUUUCAAGUAGAGGGAUAAUGUUGCUAAGCAUCAGAGAAUCCACUCUGGAGAGAAACCUUAUGAAUAUAAUAAAUUUUGAUAGCCUUUCUCUUAAUGCUCCAUAGCUGCUUUAUGUCAGAAAAUCCCCACAGGAGAGAAAUCUCCUAAGUCAGGCUGAGCUUAUAGUUGCCACUCUUAUCUUAUUUAUCAAAAGAGAAUCCACACUGGAUAGAAACUUUAGGAAUAUGACCAGUGUAGUAAAGCCUUCAGGCAACAAUCAUCUCUCAUUCCCAAGCGAGAAUUCCUUUUGGAUAGAAAUCUUAUUCCUCUCAUGAAUAAAGAAAGACAUUGAAAUGGAGAGUCAAGAGCUUUUUAAGUAGGAGAAAAUGUCUUCUGAACAUAUUAUUUCCAGAUGGAUUCCCCGUAUGAAGGUUUUCAGUCAGAGAUCAUCUAUUAUUUCAUGCCAGAGGAUUCAUAGUGCAACAAAACCUAAUGACAGUGCUCAAGUUUAUGUGUUUUCCUUAGUAUUCCUGGGAUCUUUGGGUUUAUCAUAGACUGUUUUGCUGAGGUCACUUAUACCAAGUCUAUUCCACUGAUCCUCCUGUCUCUUAGCAAAUACCAUAUUGUUUUGAUGACCACUGCUUUAUAGUACAUUUUGAGAUCAGGUACUGCUAAACCACUUUCCUUCACAUUUUUUUUUCAUUAUUUCCCUGGAUAUCCUUGAUCUUUUGUUCUUCCAAGUGAAGUUUGUUAUGGUUUUUUCCUAAUUCAGUAAAAAAAAAAGUUUCUUGGUAGUUUGACGGGUAUGACACUAAAUAAGUAAAUUAGUUUGGGUAGGAUUGUCAGUUUUAUUAUGUUAGCUCAUCCCACCCACGAGCAAUUAAUGUUUUUCCAAUUAUUUAGAUUUAGUUUUAAUUGUGUGGAAAAUGUUUUGUAGUUGUGUUCAUAUAGUUCCUGUGUUUGUCUUGGCAGGUAUAUUCCUAAGUAUUUCAUGUUGUCUAGGGUGCUUUUAAAAUUGAACUUCUCUUUCUAACUGUUGCUGCUGAGAUGUGUUGGAAAUAUAUAGAAAUGCUGAUGA